AAAACUUGUAUUCAUUAUGUCAUAAAAGCCCGAGGACUAACGAAAAGUGUUUUCAUGAUCAUAAUUCUAAUAAUUGGUAAUAUUUUGUAAUCGGAAAUGUUAAUGUUUUGCAUUUAUAAAAAUGCUUCUUUGUCAUGAAGGAAGACGGCAUAGAAUUGAAGUAUAUAAAACCGUAUAUAAUCGGAGAUGACAUAAGAUUAACAGAAACACCAAUUCCAAAUGGUAACAAAACCAAUGGCCAUGCAGUGGUGGGAGUACCAAGCACGGUACUGGAGCCACCGAACCAGUAUAAAAGUCGGUGGAGGUCCAUCCGAGUUAUGUACCUUACUAUGUUCCUCAGCAGUGUAUCAUUCUCCAUUUGUAUGUCUUCAUUAUGGCCAUACCUAAAAAUUCUCGACGGUUCAGCAAACACAGAUUUCCUUGGAUGGGUUGUAGCAUCAUACAGUGUGGGACAGCUAAUUGCCUCCCCUUUGUUUGGAGCAUGGGCAACUUACAGAGACAGGAGCAGAGAACCACUAGUUGUUUCAAUGCUAAUCAAUGUAUUAGCUAAUGUUCUGUAUUCAUACCUUGAGAGCAUACCAUCUCACCAGGCUGUAUAUCUCAUUUUAUCAAGGAGUCUUGUAGGAUUCGGAGCAGGAAAUGUUGCUGUUGUUAGAUCUUAUGUAGCUGGUGCAACAACAUUAAAAGAAAGAACAUCAGCUAUGGCUAUAAUGAGUGCCUUUCAGGCAGUAGGGUUUAUCAUUGGACCAGUGAUCCAGAUAGCUAUGGUUCCCAUUGGUUAUCCCGGACCAGUUCAUCUUGAAUCUGUUCAUCUUGAUCUUUAUACAUCUCCAGCAAUCCUCAGUUCCAUCGUGGGUGUAAUAAACAUUAUACUUCUAUUUGCUGUGUUCAAAGAACAUCGUGUAGAUAAUGAUGAUGAUAUUAACUUUAGUGUACAAGAAUCACAGAGCAUUGAGAAGAGCGUGAUGCCAGAGUAUACUCCAGAUUAUGCAGCAGUUGUCUCUUCUAUACUUCUUUUUUUUGCUAUUCUUUUUAUUUUUGCUGUUUUUGAAACAAUUGGUACACCAUUGACCAUGCACAUGUAUGCAUGGACUAAGGAGAAUGCUACCCUGUACAAUGGUAUCAUCUUAGGAGUUGGAGGAUUAAUAUCUAUAGUGGUCUUUAUUCUCAUAAGGAUAUUAUCCAAAAGGUUCAAUGAGAGAUAUAUUUUACUUGGUGGCUUUAUAAUGUGUUUACUAGGAUUUGUUGUUUAUCUCCCUUGGGGAGACACUUAUCCUUCCUACCAAACUGCAACACUUAGUCCUGCAAAAAAUCUUACAGAUUUAACAACAAGUAUGAAAAUGACUGAAUUAACAACACCAUCUUGGAAAGAUCUCACUACACAGCAAUAUAGUUCUAUAAAAACACCAUUAACAAGUACUGUAGAGAAAACUUCACAUUUACCAAUGCCAGUGACAUCACAAAAUAGUCAUGUGACUUCUCAUUCAUUCACUCUUAUGUCUUCUAUGCCAGCAACUUCAGUCUCUCGGGAGGUCUUAACAGGUCCAACCAGAAUCAAAAUUAAAAGAAAACAUGAAAUCAGUGUAAUAAGUGAUACUAAUCGUCAAAAAAGAAAUUCAAUUUUAUACUUUGAGCAGGAAAACAAAUUGGAAGAUUUAGAAAAUUCAGAUUUCGCACUUUCAAAAAUGUCAACUGAAAUGCCAUUAAAUUUAACAACAGUACAAAGAAAUAAUUCUGACAGCGGACAUGAAUCAACAGGAUGUCCUGAUACCUAUAAGUGGUGCUCGUACACACCGAUCGUUACUUUCCCUCAGUUUAUAUUUGGUACUCUAAUGAUCGUGAUUGGAUAUCCCACAUGCAAUGUGAUGACUUAUACACUGUAUUCUAAAAUACUUGGACCAAAACCUCAGGGUAUGAUGAUGGGUUGGUUGACGGCCUCAGGGAGUCUGGCUCGUACGAUAGGACCUAUAUUUGUUAGUCAAGUGUAUAAUGCAUAUGGACCUAGAGUGACUUUUGGUGCUAUGAUAAUUAUUGUAUUUUUAGCCAUUUUAAUGUUAUUAGCUGUAUUUAAAAGACUCACCCCUUUUACUUUUACAGCAAUGAUAUCAAAAGGAUCAAAAAUGUAAAAUCAAAAUAUCAAUACAUUUUUUGCAAUUAGUUUCAACACUAUUUUUUAAGUAGUUUAAACUAAAAAAAAUUGUUGUGUGUUUGCCCCAGAACACAAAUAUUUGGAAGUGCAUUUCUAUUAGACAAAAAAUGACAUGUGUUAUGCAAUACUGGUAGUUUAAAAGAAACAACACAUUUUGAGUUAUCUCCCAUUAAGUGCAGAACAAUUAUUGUAUUUAUACCCCUUACAGAGACACUUGAUAAAGAAAGUGUACUGGGCUUUAUCCAAUAAGAAUAUGCCAUAUAUUAUGGAUUGUUGUUAUCUACAAGUCCUCAGAGUUGAUUAUUUUGAAUUUGAAUGUUGAUAGACAGUUAUAACCACUUAAGAUGGUGAUAGAGCCAAGGUUGUUACACUUAAAAAAGGUUGAUGUCUAAACCUUUUAGUCUCACCUCAGAUGACAAUGUGAUUUUUGAGGUAAACACCCUAUUAGCUAUUUGUUAUUUAUAUAGUAUUAAUAAAUCAGUUAUUAUAAUAUGUUUAAAUCUUUUAUUGUAAAAGGAUCUCUUUAAAACUUUAUUGCUAUAAAAAUCACUCCUUGGUUUUGUCAAGUUAAGAAAUAAUUUUAUUUUUAGUUAAUGUUUGUUAUUAAAUCAUAAAAAAAUCCAUGAAUAUUUAAAAUUUUGCACUUUUAAUUUUCAUUAAAGAUCUGUCAUUGUGAAAAUAGA